AGUGACUGUCCGGCCAAUAGCUGCAUUAACUUUGGAAGUGUUAUCUACCGAAAAUAUCAGCGCCCGUGUUUACAGUGUGGGCAGCUGUCGGCUGUACUCAUGAAGCUGUUGCUGCUGUUAUUCGCUGUGAUGCUCAUGGUUCCCCGCACUGUUGCACAGCAGGGAUCCUACCCCGAAGAGGGUCACGGUCAAGAGAGGUCAACUAAUAAUGUAAGCGCAGUUCACCGCUUGGUCGUGGAGCGACUUCGCCAGCUCAAUGGGAAUGGAGGGACCUGGGGCGAGUGGUCCCCUUGGACGCCUUGUUCCAGGUCAUGUGGUGGUGGAAUCUCCAUUCAGUCCCGAGAGUGUCUCAUGAACCAUGGGCGACAACGAGCUCGAGCAAAGCGACAGGCGGCAUCCACCAGCACAGGCAGCCGCUGUGUAGGCUUAUACAAGAGAUUCCAGCUUUGCAAUACUGAGGAGUGUCCGGGUGGUUACCAGGACUUCAGGUGGGAGCAGUGCGCCUCAUUCAACAAGACACCUUUCAACAGGAGGUUUUACACCUGGGCCCCCUAUUACGACAGUCCGGAUUCGUGUGCCCUCAACUGCCGCGCUGUCGGCCUCAGCUUCUACGCCACUCUGAACCAGACAGUUAUCGAUGGCACUCGAUGCGGCAACUCCGAUAACAAGAAGAUCUGCGUGGCGGGAAGAUGCAUGGAAAUAGGAUGUGACAAUGUAUUGGGAUCUGGCAACCGCUUUGACUCGUGUGGCAUCUGUGGAGGCGACAACAGCACGUGCAGGAUAAUAUCUGGUGUCUUCUCUCGUGCCAAGAUGCCCUAUGGAUAUAAUGUUAUCGCAACCUUGCCCUCUGGUGCCAGUAACAUCACAAUUCAACACAUACGACCUUCUACAAAUUACUUAGCGCUAAAACACCUGGAAGGAGAUUUCUUUUUGAAUGGUAACUGGGGCAUAAAUGCCUCUGGGAGCUAUCAAGCUGCAGGAACCACUUUCUACUACCAGCGGCCUGAAAGGUUUCAAGGAGACAUGGUCACGGCGAUAGGGCCUCUCCAGCAUGCAGUCAAUGUUAUGGUAUUCUAUCAGUCAACAAAUCCUGGGAUCAAGUAUGAGUAUCACCUCCCGAUGUCUCCCUCACGAAGAAGAAAUUACCCAGUUGUGGUUCCAGGGACGCCUCAGAGACCUCAUAUUAGACCUGACAACCCUCUUAACCCCCUCGUUCCAGGGGGCCCAGCAUCCAGGACCCCACCCUCUGGACCCGUCAAUGAUGCUCGGUCAAGCAAUAAUUACGGCAACUCCGUGCUAGCGAACAGGAGGAGAGAGGAAGAGGAAGAGGAGGAAAAGAAGAAAAAGAGGAAGGAACGGAGAGGGAGGAAGGACGGAGGCAAGGAUAAACUGAAGCACGAGAAACGAAGGAAGAGAUACGAGUGGAAAGUCGUCGGUUUUAGCAGCUGCACAGAAACUUGUGGAGGAGGCACCCAGACAACUCGCGUGGUUUGCGUCAAACGGAAACGUGGCAACGAGGUUCCAGACAAACACUGCGUCGACCUUCCACGUCCAGCUGAGGACACUGUCAGGUGUAACUUGCGCCCUUGUCCUGCUCAGUGGGUGCCAGAACCAUGGGGACCGUGUAGUGUGACGUGCGGUCUGGGCGUACAGACACGCCAUUUGUCGUGCAAAAUGAGGCUGUCACCGGAUCAGUAUAUCAGCGCUGCUGAGGCUGCAUGCCCUGCUACCACCUCGAUACCCAGAGCUCAGGUUUGCGAACUUGCUUCCUGCGACAGCGGUCCUGCCUGGAAGGUGGGCGAAUGGGGAGCUUGUUCCGCUCAGUGUGGUCUCGGAACCAGGCACAGGCCUGUGUCUUGCUCUACCAUCCAGGGACCUGUGGCGGAACAUCUUUGCGACAGGGAAAAGAAACCCUCGAACCAGGAGCUUUGUGAUAUGGGAUCCUGUGCGACAGACACCUGGUUCUUCUCGACCUGGGAAGAGCGGUGCUCUGAAGAAUGCGGCGACGGCGUCCAGAGGCGCCGAGUUCAUUGCUCAGGUGAUGCCCUUGACAACCAGGUGACCGAGACCUCCUGCGACCCCGAACAGAGACCGGCCACCACAAGGGCAUGCACCUCCGACCGAGGGUGCGGGGGCAAGUGGUUUACCGGCCCUUGGGGUGACUGCAGCUCAGAAUGCGGUCCUGGUCGUAGGUCGAGAGCUGUAGUUUGUGUCGAGUGGAUUAGGGGACGAUGGAAGAUUACAAGUGAUGUCAGUAAAUGCAAAGCUGCCCCAAAGCCAGAAACCACUGAAAGGUUGUACUAAGAUUUGCCCACCUCAGUGUACACUUCUGAAUGGUCACAGUGCUCAGCAUCUUGUGGAAGUGGUGUUCAAAGGAGGGAAGUAAAGUGCCUGAACGAAAAGCAGGAACCUGCUUUAGAUUGCACGUCAGCAGAGAAACCAGACACAAGACAGCCUUGCAAUACACAAUCUUGUCAUCAAGAGCAAGCAGAUGAGAGUGCCAGCAACAGUUCAGUCAGAAAUGAGGAGCCCCAAAAAGUACCGAGUUCUUCCGGGGACAGUGUAAACAGAAAAACCACAGGUAAUAUUGUUUUUCCAGGAGCAGAUAGGGGCAGGCCUCUAGAAGUAACCAGUCCAGGGGUGGAAACUGUGAAUGCGAGCACUCGCAUAUAUUACGAGGAGAGGAGUAGGACCACCAACGCAAAGCUAGACGGGGGUGAUGAUCAUUCCAGCGCUAGUAGUGAUGAUGAAAUCGAUAAUAGGGUUUCAGGUAUACCUCCUGUUGUUGGUGAUUGGAGAAGUGGUCAAGAUUUUGAUAGCAUUUCUGAUCGAGAUUCACAAUACUCAGAAAUUGAAGGAGAUACUGGAGACCUUGAAGUCGAUAAUGAUGAUGAAGAGAGCCCAAGUGACAGGUCUCACAUCUCGAAAGGCAGCAGAGGACGGCAGCCUCCUUCUCCAGUGAGACCUGGAAGGCCAUGGAAACCCGGUCUACCAACAGUGUCUUGCAUAGACAGAAUGAAGAACUGUCAUCUAGUCUACAAAGCCCGACUCUGCCGUCUAAAGUACUACAAUAAGCUGUGCUGUGAAACUUGUACUAAAAACCAGUGAACGUUGAAGCGAUCGUUCGAUUUUGGACUUCUGUAGCAACUGCAAUCACUUGUAGUAAGCACUCUUAGUACUGCAACUGCAGCCAGGAAGGCAUUGCAGCAGCUCUCGACUGCAAGUGUGGAUUGAGCGUAGAAGCCUUCAAGCAGCAGCGUCAUAGCAUGUGCACUUUUGUAGACUUGAUUGUGAGUUUCAGCAGAUUUUUUUUGUUUUCUCCGGAGACAUCAGUCGUAAGCGGGAGGUCGUCUUCAGCAGAAUGAGAAGAAACACCAUGGCCUCGUGAAAAUGAAGAGGCUCCAUUUCUGCCUCUGCCGCCUAGCUUACGUUUCCCAAAAUAAAGGGACGGCCAUACUUCGAAGCAGUUUGUGGGAAAAAAGAAAGUUAUCGGACGUGUUUUUCUUUUUUUUUUCUUUUUAGCAGAACGGUAAUUAAGUGAGAACCUGAGAGUUAAGGACAGUGAGAUGUAUCAAAUUUGACUGGCUUUAAACGUUCUGAUGGUUACACAUUUUGUGAUUACGGCAAAGGAUACAUACAACUGGAAUGUAUAUAAUAUAUAAAUUAUAUAUAGAAAAUAGAUAUAGUGGAAAUAUAUACAUACUUUAUUUACAUGAAGUGUAAAUAGUAAGUAUUAAUAUAUCCAUAUCCAAGUCAUAAUGUUUAAAAGUGUAGUCAGAUGAUAGUGCAAAGAGGUGUUUCUAAUGACAGAAUUGACAAAAAAUAUUUUAAAAAGCUAAAAGUUAUACGAGGUUCCUUAGGGGAAAGUUAUUUUCGUGGGAAGAUCCACGUAAAAGGUCAUUAGUUUCGCCGACAAUGAUUGCAACAAGAUUUUAAUGCUACGGAACUCUCAGCACAGGGAAAGACUUAUUAAUAUUAAAGCCGCAUCACUUUCCAGUAUAAAGAAAACGAAAGCAUGCAGCUCUAGUUUCAGCGGAGGUUUGCAAAAUGGUGAAAGAUGUGUAUAUAGUUAAAUGUGUUUUUGCUUGUGGAUUGUAGGCAGUGAUGAGUAAGCUAAUAAUGGAGUAAAUGCAAUUGAUGUUUCUUAAUUGGCAUGCUAAAAAAAGGCACACACUAACACCCCUAUGGAUUAAAAAAAAUUGCCAUUGUCUUUUGAGGUGAAAUGCAAUUCUUCAAAUAGUCAAGCUUUUAAACAUCAAGGAAUUUGUAUUGACAUUGUGCAAAACUCAUCUCGAGGUAGAUUAAUUAAUGCAUUUUUGGUAAAGACCGUCGACUUUAUUAUCUGAAAAACUUUUUUUUAUAUUUCCCUCAACUGGACAAUAGGAGAAAAGUUUUUUAAGAAUUAUUCCAAUAAUGAAUUCCAGACCUGAUGAAUGAAAAUGGUUAUUUGUUAUACAUCAAUAACCGUUAUACUUCUCAUUUAGUUGACUAUGAAUUUUAAAGAAUUUGACAAGUACGACGACGGUAAAAGUGCUCUGUAAUAAUCUUUUAGUCGACAACAACUAGAAAUAAUAGAAAAAAAAUGUUUACUGGAUUUGCCUUGUUCGGCAUUAUUUCAAGGUACGUUCUGGCUGGUAAGCGAUUAAAUAUACUAAGUGGGCCAAUAAGGAGUAGAUUAAGCUCGGACUAUUGACUAUCAAGGUAAAUGCCUCGCGCAAAAGAGAUUAGAGUGCAUACUGUAAGCUUGAACGUCAUCAAAGCACGAGCAUUAAAUUAACGUGCACUUUAAUGAGACCGAAUUUGCUCUCCUCUUAUAAUGAAAGGCUUCCAAGUACGAGUUUCGCCGUGAUCAUUGCUCCGUCAACCUUAGACUUGAAUGAGGUCAUUCAUUCUGCUUAUGCAAAAGGUCCUUUUAUAGUCUGCCUGCAAUCUGGAGGCUAAAGAAUUCCUCAAAAUUUUUUGAUAUCAAGGUAUUCUGGAAUAAAGGUUUUUUUUUCACGAAAUCACCACAUGGAUUUGUGUUUUAUGGAUAUACAGGUGACCAAAGCAUUAUAAGGAAAUAAGAUAUUUGUUUCUUAAGUGUUUCGUUUUGCACAGUUUUUUUUUUCUCCUAAGCCUAUCUUUAUGUAAGUAUAGGGUGUUUUAAAAGACUGUGAAAUAUAUAUUUAGAGUCGCGAGGAGCUUUCGGUCAAACUAAGCUGCUAGUUGAAUGAUUCGAACGGGUACGAUUUUAAACUCUCUUCAGUGAUUCGGGAUCGGACAAUAUCAUUUUGAGCCACGUCAGCUGACUCGAAUACUUCGUGCUUUAGCACAAAUUUUUCUCUUAUUUAUUUGACAAAACUUCAGUUUAAUAAAAAUGACACCAGUUAACAAACGGAAAAUUAUUUUUUGUUAUAUGCUGGGUA